AUGCUUCCAUGCGUUACUAUAGACUCUUCGACUGCAAACAGCAGCACAGAUCGAGUUACACCUCCAGCUGAAAUUAUACAAGUUGAAAACGAAAAACAACGAGAACUUGAGCAUACAGCAGUAAAAGAAGGUGAGGUGGGGAAGAUGGCCAAGGAGUUGUUGGACGAGGAAGCGGCUCAGAAGAAACUCACGGAUAAAGUCUUGGAUAAAACUAAUUCGCUGUUGAACGAACUUCAAGAAGAACAUAAAAAGUUGAAAGGGUUGGAGGAGAAGCGAACUAACCUUUAUGAACAUAAGGUCGAUCAGGAACUAGAGCUCGAAAAGGAAGAAGCGGAAAUCAAAUCAAAACAACAUGAACUUCGAGCAAAGAAUCUCGCAGAAGAGGUCAGGAAACACGCAGCUCUACAAGCGAAACUCGAACGGGAAGAGAGACAACUGCAAGAUGAACGAGCGGCAAAGACAUUGUCUCUCACAAGACUACAGGAGAAGAUUCGGAUAGUAGAGGAACAGUUUGAAGAGGGACAAAGGGCUUUAGAAGAAGAACAGAGGCAAACAACCAUAUCAGCGGGAAAAGUCGAAGAAAUUUGCCUUCAGAUCGAAGCAAUCGAACAAAAAAUUCGAGAUGCCAUGAUCAGCCUAGAGGCUCUAUCACAAGAGCUACGUGAUCUCAAUCAACAGCAGAAGGAAUUGGAGAAGAAAGAAGCAGAAACUAAAAAAACAAUUGAAGACUUGGGCCAAACUCUUCGAAACAAAGAAGCAGGCCUUGCUCGUCUGCAAGCGGAAAUAGAACGAUCGAAGCAAGCAAUCGAACGGCUCGGAGAACAACUCGAAACACUCCGUCAAGAGAUCGAAGAUCAGACGGAAACAUUGGAGUCGAUCAACACCGACUUAACCGACGCCGACUCCAAACUUGUGGAACUCGAGGCAGACAAGAAAGCCAUGGAUGAAGAAAAGCGAGCUCUUGAAAAGACGCAUCAAACGAUGAGCGACGAACUGAAAACGCUCAAACAUCAACAUAAUAACAUGCAAAAUAAAUUGCGCAUGAGUGUCGAAGCGCUUUCACGUAUACAAGCGAAAAUCAAUGAACUCGAACAGACCCUUGCCACUAAAACGGCUGAAGUAGAUCGAUUGCAAAAAGAACAUGACGACUUAGACCAGAAGCGGAUGAACAUUACCGAAAAAUGCGAUGAUCUUAAUCGGCAAAAAGAAGAGACCAUGCUUUCACGACAAAACGCCGAAACGGAAUAUCGAGAAGUGCAGCAAAAGCUAACAACUUGCAAACAGCAAGAACGUCAAGCCACACAAGAACAUCAGAAAGCAAUACGAGAGGAACAAACAGCUCUGGACAAGUUGAAUGCUGCACUACAAGAAGAACGAUAUGCAGAAGAAAAUGUUCGUGAAGCAGAAGCAGAAUUGAAACGAGCAGAAAAAACUACCACAGUCAGGUUUGUUCCCACCCCUCCGUGGUUUUUCAUUGGUAAAACGAAUGCUCAAGUACAAGCAGUAGAAACUGCACGCACAGCUAGAAAUCAAGCGAAAGACAAAUGGCAAGCAGCGAAAACUGCAAGUAGCAAUGCACGAGGGGCACACAAAACGGCACAACACCGUACCAACGAAUGUAAACAACUGCUAAGCGAUGCAAACAGUGAACGAGUCGAACAAGAAAAGAAAGAAAAUGAUUGUGCACAAACGCUUACUCGCUGCAAGGGCGAAGUAACGCGUUUAACGGAGCAACACAGGAUUGCGUCACGGGAAAAAGUAGAAGUAGAAAGUGCGCUGAAAACAGCGAUCGGUGCAUUGCAACGUUCUCAAACACUGCUCAAUACGGCCACCAAUGAACUUCAACGUAAUCAACAAGAUGUUUUAACGCAGGCUGAAAACCAAGUGGCCGAACAUCGAUCAAGUGUUGAUGACCUUCGCAUGGAUAUCGAACGUAGUGAACGAAAAAUUGAACAACAUCGAGCCAACAUGAAUGAAAAUGAAAAAAAAUUAACCAAGGUCUCAACAGAUAUUGGACAGCAUACGAAUACCGUCAAUGAGCUGAAAGCAAAUGUGCUUCAAGUCAAGCAACAGCUCGGUUUCAAACAAACUGCUGUAAAGACAAAGGAGAACGAAAUGAUUCGGCAUGAAAAAGUACUCAAGAGUGAUACGCAAUCAGUUGAACUAGUACGUGAAGAAAUCGCAAGAGAAACUAAAGAACUUACUGACGCGACCAAUGCUUUAUAUGAUAUAAAAACUGAGAAAAGUCGUGUGAAUGGCGAGAUCGAACAACUGCGAAUCAGGAAAGGCAUAUUGAAAACUGAGAAGCAAGACAAGCAAAAUGAACUCAAAACAUGUCAGAGACUCUAUAAAGAAGCUCAAUCGAAACUUCAACAACAAGAAAACAACGUAGAAAAUAUACGUGGAAAUCUUGAUCGAUUAGGAGUUCAAGAUGAAGCACUGGCAGAAAACAUUCGAAGUAUGACAGCAAAACUCGACAGUAAAAGGCUUGAAAUUCAAAACAAUCAAAAUGCUAUACGUGAAACGAACGAGGCUAUCAGUGACAGCUGUAAACAACAUGAAAUAGCUCAAGGAAAAGUGACAAUAGCGAAAACAAAACUGACUUCAUUGAAGACCCAAAUUAAAGCCAAUGCUACCGAAUUGGAAACGGGUGAAAGGAAUUUCAGCAAGUUGGCACGGGCACUUGGACUUGCAAAUGACGAGAGUAAUCGUGAAUUGGAGAACAAGAAAGUCAUACAAGAAAAACUUGUUCGACUUAUGCAAGAGCGAACAAAUAUCAGGGAACGCCAUCACAAGUAUCAACAAGAAUGCGACCAAAAAGUCCUAAAUUUAACCGAACAAAAACAGUAUGAAUUAGCCAAACAAAAAAAGUAUGAAUUAGCCGAACAACAAAAACAGUACGAAUUAGAAAAGAACCGUUCCCCACACUGUAAAAAAACCGUGGAAUAA